CUCGCUCGCUCUCUCUGCACAUUUGGAGGUAGAGAUGAAAAUGUUGCUAAAUCUACGUCAGCUAAAAAUUUUCUUGUAAUAACAACUCAUCAUCUCCACUACCCUUUCCUGGACGGACCACCAUCACCAAAACCACUUUAUCUUCAUAGGUAAAUUAGUAUAGUCCACCCACAGCCCCAAUUGCACCUCAGUCUCCUGAGAUUACUUUCCCAAGUCCGGCUGGACAAACACAUUCCUCCCGAUUUUAUCCAGAUUGUGAGAAACUCCACUCUAGCAGGAGGCACAAUCUUUUAUCAGAAAAAUGAAGAUUCUAGUCGGUUUCAUUCUUUGUCUUUACAUCUACGGAUGUGUGGCCCCUCCUGUGAAUGAGAAAAAGAAGAAGAAAGAUAAGGAACAUGGGGAAACUAACGAAAUUGAUCAACAAGUGUUCGACGUGGAGUACAAACGCUAUUUACAAGAAGUUGUGAGUGUUUUGGAAAGUGACGAUGAUUUUAGACAACGGUUAAUGAAGGCUGACCCUGAAGAUAUUAAAUCUGGAAAAAUUUCCAACGACCUUGAAUUUGUCAAUCAUAAUGUUCGCUCAAAGUUGGAUGAAUUGAAGAGACAAGAGUUGGAAAGACUGAGGCAGGCUGCCAUCCGGAAUUACGAACAAUCCAACGGGAUUGAUACAAAGCAUAUGAAAAUGCCCUCUCAUGUGGACCAUGACAAUCCUCACACGUUCGAAGCUGAGGAUUUGAAAAAGCUAAUUGUUCAAACGACCAGAGAAUUGGAGGAUGUCGAUAAGCAAAGAAAGGACGAAUUUAAGGAAUAUGAAAUGAAAAAAGAGUUGCAGUAUGAGGAACAACUUAAGCGAAUGGACGAAAAAAAUCGAGCUGAAGCAGAAAAGUUUCAUAAACAACAGCAGGAAAAACAUAGGGAACAUAAACCACUUCACCAUCCAGGAAGUAAACAGCAGUUGGAACAAGUCUGGGAAGAACAAGAUCACCUCAGUCCGGAGGAUUUUAACCCAAAGACGUUCUUUCAUCUUCACGAUUUAGAUGGAAAUGGAGUGUGGGACGCUAAUGAAGUCAAAGCCUUGUUUAAGAAAGAAUUGGACAAAAUGUACGACCCAAAUGCUCCCGAAGAUGAUGUCAGGGAAAGAGUUGAGGAGAUGGAACGUAUGAGAGAACAUGUUUUUAAUGAAACCGACACCAACAGAGACCAGCUUAUCAGUUAUCAAGAGUUUCUUGACCAAACAAAACGACAAGAGUUUCAACAAGAUGAAGGAUGGGAUCCAAUUGACCCUCAAUCACAGAAUCAUCCAGUGUAUUCUGAGGAUGAAUACAAGCAAUAUGCUAAACAGCACGAAGAAGAAAUUCGCCGAAUGAUGGACCAAGGAUUGAUACCUUCGGCCCCGCCAGGAUAUGUCCCAAUGAUUCUUCCGGGCGCACAGGCACAGGUACCACCAGGUUACGAAGUUCAUCCUCAACACGGGCAACCACAGGGUCAUCAUCAACAAGGACAAUUUCAAGGACAUCACCAACAACCAUAUCAAGGUCACCCACAACAGAUGCAAGGUCAUCAUCCACAGCAGGUGCAGGGCCACCAUCCACAGCAAAUGCAAGGCCAUCCUCAACAAAUGCAAGGUCAUCAUCCUCAACAGUUGCAAGGAGGUCACCAUCCACAACAAAUGCAGGGUCAUCCUCAACAGAUGCAAGCGGGUCAUCAUCCACAAAUACAGGGACAACAUGAUCCUCAAAUUCAAGGACAUCAUCCACAGCAACAGCAAGGAUAUCACGCGCCUCCUGGUGUGCAUCCUAACGCUGUUCCUCAACAACAUUAUCAAGGUCAAGGAUAUCAUGCCCCUGCUGACCAACAACACUACCAACAACAACAACUUCCACCACAGCAGCAACAACAACACCCUCCACAAUACCAAGGUCAACAACAACAAUAUCAGAAUGCACCGCAAAUUCAACAUCAGCCUCAACCUCCCGUUCAAAAUGUUCAACAUCCUCCUUCGUCCAACGAUGCUGUGCCACAUUCUCAAGACACCGGUGUGAACAACCAUGCUGUUGAACAACAACCCCCACAAGGAACUGCCACUCAACAAGGUCAACCACAACCUCCUGUUGUGAAUUCUCAAGGAACUCACUAAGUGAAUUUGUGCUAGUUUUUUCCUGAAUAUUAAAAAAAUUACUCUAUACAUUUUACGUUUCCCAUUCAAUUGUUGAAUCAAUUGGCUGGAAUUUUAUUUUAGAAUCUCUUGCAUUUAAAUAUAUAUUUGUAUGUACAAGUCUAUAGGAUUUUGAAUGUCAUUCCUAGUAGUUUUAUUCUUAUAAUUCAUGAUCAUGUACUUUUUUCGUUUGAAAAGUAUCAAUUUUCUUGAUAAAAUUUAACAAAACAAAAUCAACAUUUCAUACUUUGCUACUGCAAUUAUAUACAUAUUGUUUAGUUUUAUAAUGUUGGGUGCUCUUCUUCAACGUAAACAUUACAACGUAUUUUAAGCAAAUUGACUGUGAUUUUUUACGCAUGCAGAUAUGUGAAGAUGUUAAAAAGCAGAUUUGCGGUGUAAUAAGCAUCAUCUUUUCUGCUAGUGCACGUCAUUGAAUCUUUUUAAGUUGAGUCUUCCUGAGAACAUUGACUGUAUUUUUAUCUGAAUCCAUAAGUUGUACGCGUUACUCGCCACCAUUACGACCUUUAUACAUGCGAUUACAUUGCCAACUUUCGGCAAUCAUUUUAUGAUGUUUUAGACACAAAUGACGAAAUUCGAAUUAAGAUCUGUAUAAUGAAUAAUGUGCCACUCGGGUAUUGAUGAUGCAUGGAAAUUAAAUUUAUGUGAUUCUUCCAAAAUAUGAACUUGAAAUUUUAAAAUGAUGAAUGUCACAUCGUUCCAUUCACCUACAUUUUAAGCUUUACUUCAUACUUUGAUGAAAUAAUAAAGUAUAAUAUGCAAUCCA